AUGGAUGUUGUAGAAACGGAAACAGAUGGUUCAGAUCCUAUGGAAUUGCUGCAUGUCAAAAGGCAAGGACAAUUCGAGAGCUUUACGCGCCACCGAUUGCAAGAGACGCUCAUGCUCAUGGGCUGUAGACCAAAAGAUGCUGUAAUUGUUACGAAAGAGGUUUUUGUAGUCUUCCAAAAGCAUUUGUCGAGAGAAUGCAAUAGCAAAAAUGACUAUCACGAUGAGGACACGAAAGACCCUCGUUUCUCGAUGGCUCUACCAUGGCAUUUAUUACAUCAGUGCAUCUACUCAUCACUAGCAAGACUGGAUUAUGUUAAACCACACCAUUUACUGGACUUUGAAGUUGCCAAGGAGAUUACGCAAAGGAAUCAAAGCUUUGCCGUCCUUUUGGGGGGGACCUCUGGUACCGGAAAAUCGACAUUAGCGUCGUUAUUAGCUGCUCGCCUGAGACUGACUACGGUACUACCAACCGACUCAGUGCGUCAUGUCCUACGAUCGUUUACGUCGAAGGACGAAAAUCCAUGUGCCUUUGUAUCAACUUAUCAAGCGGGCGAUGCGUUAUCAAAAGAGAUGAUUGCAGCGAUUCAUGGAGAUCGAGAAGAUAUGUCUGCUGCUCGAUUGCAUAAGAAAAUGGUUUUGAAAGGGUAUAAGUUGCAGUCGAAUCUUGUGUUGGAAAAACUUGAUCGUAUUCUUACAAUGUUUGAAGAACGUAAACAAUCACUGGUGGUAGAAGGUGUGCAUUUAAACACUGUCGAUCUUUUAGCACUUGUGAAAAAACACCCAACGUGUGUGCCUUUUGUAAUUUAUAUCAGUAACGAGAAUAAACAUCGGGAGCGAUUUGCUGUUCGGGCGCGCCACAUGACAAUUGAUCCACAAGAGAACAAGUAUAUCAAACAUUUUGAUAACAUUCGCAUCAUUCAGCGUCAUUUGUGCAAACAUGCGGAUCGAUAUUUGAUUCCGAAGAUUGACAAUACAAAUGUCGAUCGAAGUAUAGCAACGAUCCAAAGUACAUUGGUACGAGUAUUGCGAAAACUUGAUCGUGGUGAACAGCUCGUAGAUGCCAAGAUUGGCAAGUUUGUUACGCUCUCGCGGGAACACGAAAACUCGACGAAGAAGGGCUGGUCCAGCAAAGGUGUGCGCAAAGCGAUGCGUCCAUUGCUAAAGCAAAAGGUUUCAAAACGACUGCUGCUGCGUCGACUGCUUGCUGAGCAAACGACGGAUAGAUUUGGAGCUCGUGACCCCCAUCAAGGAGAAGAUUCGUCGAGUAGCGAAGAGGAAGAAGAUGAUGCAAGUCGCGAAGCAGAUGAUGAACGAAAUGUUGAUGAAGAUGACGAAGACGAAACGACGAUUGUAGGCAGCCUACUUAGUGGUACAAAUCCACACGAUUAUUCGUCCACAGCAUGUCACGUUUCGUCCUCCAGUACACAAGGACAAGCGACACCAACGCGUGUUGCUAUUCAAAAACAAACGUUAUUAGACGAGAUUGAAGAACACUCAGCUGGUACAAGCGAUAAUGCCGAGCUGAUGCGUUCGCUGUCGCAGGCUGUUCGUCAAGCAGCAGUCUGGCGGGCAAGUCAACCGCUGACACACUAUACAGAUUGGGAAUCGCAUGUUCCACCGCGUAAUCCAGAAGUCACGUUUUCGGAUGUCAUGGAAAAUAUUCCAGCUUUUGCAGCUGUCGUAGAACGAGGCAAACGAUUUUCGUGGAAUUCCGAAGAGCGACGCAAGUCAUGGAUGGCUGGCGAUCAGCUUGCUGAUACGUCAAAACAAGUAACGAGUAGCACAACACCACCUGUGAAUGCAUCACGGCAAUUUAAAGCAUUUUUAGAAAGUCAACGCGUUGAAGGCGAGGCACAAUUGCAAAUGCAGCGGACACAACAACAGCUUCAGCAGCAACAAGUUUUGCCAAUGCAUCAUCAACUACCGCCUAUUGGAAGGCGGACAAAAGCACUUGCUCGAAGGGUACAGUCGUUACCUGUAGUGCCACAUCAGGAUAGCUCAAGUAGUUUGGAUUUUGACUUUGACAGCGUGUCAAUGACAGAUGCCAAUGAAGAUGGCGAUCGUGUCUCCCAAAUUUCUUCUCCACGCGACGGAUGUGUCUCACCGUUGGAGCAUAGUUACGAUGAUACUGACAGCCACUUUGACGUCAGCUCACAGAGCUCUGUCGAGUGA